AUGAGCUCCUCCGGCUCAAAAACAGCAGGCGCCUACAACGUAGACGGCGUUCCUCAUUUCUCGGAGCCGGUGUCAGUAGAUCAAAUACCUCAAGCCAUUGCAGCAGCAGAGACCGUGCCUGUCCCCUGGUGGGCGUUCUGGCGCACCCCCGAACGCCGCCCCUACAAACCCCAAGUCGUUGAGGUGUGGCAGCACGUGGCUUACGACUAUCACGUUCUCGGCAAGAAGAGAAAGCGUGAUGACUGA